AUGGCGAUUUCCACAGCAGCUCAGAUCGGAAUCACCACAGCGUUUGUCGUUAUGAUCGUCACCAACUUGAUUGGAAAUUCUUUAGUUGUUUUGACGGUUGUGAAAACGCGUUCCAUGAGAACAACAAUGAACUAUUUACUGGUGAACCUGGCCAUUGCAGACAUGAUGGUGGGAAUAUUCAUAGCACCAAGGGUUACGUACAAACUUUGGUUCCAGAUGAAGGUUCAGACAUCAUCUCAUCAAACGACCAUUGCCGCGCGUAAACGCGUUACUAAAAUGGUGCUUACGGUAUCGCUAGUAUUCUGCGUUCUGUGGAUGCCUAACAUCGUUACGUAUCCCGCAGCUGUCUACAGCGAAACACCUUUGUAUGACGCAGUGCAUAUCGUCUCCAUUGUCUGCGUUACGUUCAACUCCAGUAUCAAUCCCAUCAUUUAUAGCCUUCAGUCCCGYGUUUUCCGUAAGAACAUCUGGCGURUUAUUAACUGUUACAAACGCCGCGAAAAUAUGGUGACGAUUUCUACUGGUAAUACAGAUAACAAUGCACCGUCMAAGGAAACAGAUCAGCGACAGCGUGUCGAUUCCGAGAAUUCCAUAACUACACGAGUUUAA